AUGAGUUUGCAAGCCUCAUUUUUGGAACAUUUACUAUACUUUGGUGACUCUGAAGGGGAGUCCCGUUUAUUCAGUUGGGUGUGCGCCUUCUAACCCCUCUUUUCCAGUCUGCAGCAUGCAUCUAAAUGAAUUGCUUAUUAGCCAUGCAGGAUUCAAUAUUUGUCCGGUAUUAGAGGGGUAAGGUGGGAACCCUACUGACAAGUGGGAGGGAGAUAGGCUGACUUGGGUGCGGUUUGUGGAUCACUGCAGUGAUAGAUCAAUAGUAGGGCCAAUAAGACUCAACUGUUGCAUUUGGGAACAUUUGCAGGUGUGAUACAUCAAAGCUCCCCCCCCCUGACCUUGCUUUGUAGGUUGGUGGUUCUCAAGGCUGAGAGAACUUUCCUGUGACUGUCAGAAGUCAAGGGCAAUCCUGACCCUGCCCGUGUGGCUUAUCUAACUGUCGCUCAUUUGUCACAUUCAAACUGAUUAUCCACGGUAAUUGAAUCCCAAAGGAAAAGCCCCCAGUGUGACAUUACCCUUAAGUAGAUGAAACGUUUCACAGUCAUUAGGUCCCUUGGCUUCCCAGUGGGAAAGAUCACAUAUUGCCUGUGACUAUAUGAAUGGGGCGUGAAACGAGUCAGCCAUGUACUGUGUCCCAAAUGCACAUGGGCUGCUUGGAUCCCUAAAGUUCCCCUCGGGAUCACAUGUGCGGGACAGAUUCUAUAUAAUAAAAACAGUCCCACCCAUUCACAACCCCCCCAUCUCUUGGCAAAUGUCUUUCCAUAAUGAGUAGCUCCCUGUUGAGAUAGCAGAGAAUAGUGAAUGUGUAGAGAAGGGAAGGGGGAGGCAGAUUUGGUGAAAGAGCUGGGGGAGGAGACACAGAGGGAGAGAUAGACUUAGUGCAGCUCGAAAUACAAUUCUCCUUCGACUCUUGUGUCUGUCACAGCUGCUGACCAAAGAGAAACCUUCUCUGUUUAUUCUCACUGCUGCUCUUUCCUUUAAAACUUCUCCUUUCUAAAAAAAACCCACUUCCUACUUUACUCUCCCCCUUCACCAUUUCUCCACUCUGCGCCCCAAGCCAAAUCAUAGGAGGAAAAAAAAAACAUCUGGAUUGUAUUUCUGGAGGAGGGAAAGAAGAGAAAGCCAGAGAAAUGGGUGUAGCGGACGCACCCCACCAAACCCCACUGUCAUUUCUUGGAAGUAGGAACUGGGCACCUAUGGAGGAUCUAGGGUGCUGAAUGGCAGAACUGAGAAGGAGUAAAGGUCCAAGUCUGUGGCUGGGAUCACGUUACCUGCUGGAUCCCCUUUCACAUAUGAAUCCCCCACAGUGAGAGUCAAGCCAGAGUGGGAUUUAUAGGGACUCUUUGGGGGGUGUGGAUCUGAUCAGUGGAGAGACCUCCAAAGACCUGGUUAUCUGUUUCCCAAUCUGCUCCUGCACCAAAAACAUUCACGCGUUAGACUGUGGGGGCGCAUCGCCUCCGUACGCCCACGAAGCAAAGGCAGGAGACUGCACAUGACAAUAACUGUCAAACAACCUGCAAGUAAAGAGCUGACAGGCUAUCUUCCACCAGAGAAGAAAUGGACUGCAGAAGGAGGCUUUGGCAUUUUUGACUUCAUACCCACCUACUUGCCAUCUGUGGACACUGGGAAGUUUUAAAAAGUACCACCUGGCCAGCAAGGAUGAACAGCACCUAUCAGGAUUAUUUGAACCCAAGGAAGGUUGUGGAACAUUAUAUUCACGUCAAGGAAAAUCUCAACAGAGAGGACUCAUCGCGUUAUGCGAUCUCCAUCAUCUUUAUCAUUAUCUGCUGCAUUAUUAUCCUGGAGAACCUGCUUGUGCUAACUUCAGUCUUGCGGAACAAGAAGUUCCAUUCUGCCAUGUUCUUUUUUAUUGGGAACUUGGCAUUUUCGGACUUUCUCACCGGCUGUGCCUACAUUGCCAACAUUUUGUUGUCAGGGGACAUGACCUUUACCCUCACUCCUGUGGAGUGGUUUAUUCGUGAAGGCACGGCUUUUACGACUCUCUGCGCUUCUGUUUUGAGUCUGCUGGCUAUAGCCAUUGAACGUAAGGUUGCCAUCAUGCAGGUUGAAGUCUACAGCAGCGAUAGGAACUGUAGGAUGGUCCUUUUAAUUGGUGCUUGUUGGAUCGUUUCAAUCGUUAUUGGAGGACUGCCUAUAUUGGGUUGGAAUUGUAUCUUCAAUAUGGAGCAGUGUUCAACAGUUCUUCCUCUCUACUCCAAAAAGUAUAUUCUCUUUGUCGUUACCAUUUUUACCAUCAUACUUCUAACCAUUGUAAUCCUGUAUGUUCAGAUAUAUUAUAUUGUCAAGUCCAGCCACGGAGAAGUGGCUGCCCCACAGACACUGGCCCUUCUGAAAACGGUCACUAUUGUUCUUGGAGUUUUCAUAAUCUGUUGGUUGCCGGCAUUUAUCAUCCUCCUUCUGGAUGUCUCUUGCAAAGUCAAAUCAUGCUCGAUACUUUAUAAAGCCAACUACUUUUUUGGUGUGGCCACUUUAAACUCUGCCUUGAACCCAAUCAUUUAUACCCUAAGAAGCAAAGACAUGAGGAAGGAGUUUUUAAGAGUGCUUUGUUGUUUCAAUUAUUUCCAGAGGAACAGGACUCCUGACAAGUGUAUGCUCAAACUGCGCAGUUCCAGCUCCCUGGAGCGUUGCUCGCAAAAACACGACCUGCCUACAUCCCCAAUUAUGAAGGACUGUACAACAUUUGUCUGAUGUAGAGCUGUCUCAUUUUUAGGGAUGCCUGUGACAUAGUGUUAAGGUACUACAUGUGGUUUGGUGAAACCAAAAUGAAACAGUGGUGGUAACUAUGUUACUGGCCACCACUGAAAAUGAUCUGUAGGGACCUUCCUUUCCCCAAAUGUUGGGGAAUCUUAUCUCUUCUGCACACGUAAUGAAAAAUGCAUCAGUCAAGACCCCAAAUUUGGUCCAUUUAUGAUCAUGAUCUCCCAUAGUUCCUGGGUCUGCUGUCUCCAUUGAUAAAAAAAAGAGAAAUGUUUAGGUGCCCCUUGCUGUAAGAAUAUUAUCCAUGCAUUUAUCUCUACUAGGAAUGGAAUGCAUAUAGCAUUCGGUUUGGGUGUGUCCUAGCACGUUUUCAGGAUUUGGGAUUGUCCACAACAAAGCUGAACCCUCAUAAGACUUAAAAGCUCUGGACAACUAAAUGUAACAAUAUAUUGUUCACACAAAAUAAGAUUCUUUGAUUUAUUUAAAGCCUGAAUAUAGGUUUCAGAUUUGCCUGAAUUUUUAUUUUUUUUUUGGAAGAUUUGGUCGAAAAAUUAUGGAUUUGGUGCAUCCCUAACCUUAACACGUGAUUCUUUAUUUUGUUCUACAUGUAAAGUUUAGAAACCACCAUUUCUCAGAUCAAGAUGUUGAAAGAAAUAAAUCAAAGCUUUUUAUUGUUUUUCCAAGAACUAGAUAAAGUGAUCGUGAGCCAAAGCCGUGUUGUAACAUUCAGUGGGAUUUGCAUGAAUUCACUUGGAUGUAUUAAUGAAAAUGACUCAAAAAAAAAAGCACUUCAUUUUUAGAUUAUUUGAUAUCGGAGGGAAUUAAAUGUUAGCAACCUUCAUAGAAUAAAGGAAUAACGUUUGAUAAAAUUCUUUGCUUCCCUUCAUCAAAA